UUUCGACACUGCUUUUGGAUUACUUCACCUCUGAAUUCCAGAACUGGCAUCAGCACUUUGAAAGAGGAACUUCAUCCUUGUCUAUUUCACCUUUGCAACAUCGUUUCUGAUGGCAGCUUCUCGGACCACUCAGUGGAGGUGGAUUUCUGGAAUCUUAGGAAUACUGUGCCUUUUACUGUUGACGCUUUUGGGAGUUCUGUUGAGUAAGGCAUAUUUGAGCCAAAGUAGUAAGUCAACCAACUCAACAGGAAUCACUGCAGAUUCCCAGGAAGGUUAUCCCAGCUGCUGUUCCUGUCCAGAAGGGUGGAUUGGAUACCAAUGCAGCUGUUACUUCAUUUCUAAGGAGCAAAAAAGUUGGGAAGCGAGUAGGAAUUUCUGUGAAUCUAAGAAUUCCAGUCUCCUUCAGAUGUAUAGCAAAGAAGAACUGCAUUUUUUGAGGUACAGUAGGAACAUUUACUGGAUUGGAGUUUCUUACAAUAAGGAUCUCGGCGCCUGGUUGUGGCUGAACGGCUCUGCAGUCUCCCUCGAUCUGUAUCUUUCAAUGCUGCUUUUGGAUUCCUUCACCUCUAGCUGA